AUGGCCCCUCCUGUAAACGUCGUCACGAAGCUCAAGGUCCAGCUGAAGCUGGCAAUCGCACGGCUGCGCAUGGUCCAGCAGCGCGAUGAGCAACUGUCCAAGACGCAACGACGCGCAAUGGCGCAGCUCCUCGAGGUGGGCAAGAUUGACUCCGCGCGCAUCCGGGUCGAGAACAUCAUCCGCUCCGACAUCACGACCGAGCUACACGAGAUACUAGAGCUGUACUGCGAACUUCUGAUAGCACGCGCAGGGCUUCUCGAAGGUUCAACGUGUGACCCUGGCUUGGAGGAGGCGGUCAAGAGCAUCAUCUAUGCGGCGCCCAAGACGGAGAUCAAGGAGCUGCAGGUCGUGCGGACGCUGCUCGCGGAGAAGUAUGGCAAGGAGUUCGUAAUGACAGCCAUGGACAACUCGGAUGGCAAGGUGUCAGAUAAGGUGGUGAAGAAGCUCAGCGUCGUCCCACCCAAGGAGGAACUGGUGGUCGGGUAUCUGGAGGAGAUUGCCAAGGCGUACAAUGUCGACUGGCCGAAACGGCCACAGGCCGCGGAGCCUCCUGACCUGCUGGACGACGAUGACGACGACGACAACCCGAGCGGCGGUAUCGGUGUCAAGAUACCCGAGGGUCCGUUGGGAAAUAGCACAAAGGUAGCCAAGGAACAGGAGGAGCUAAGCAAGGCGACGCCACCGAGGACGAUUGGAGGACCUAGCAGCCCGUUGACAGUCACUCCGCCCAGGAUGACAACGGACAAUGUUCACCCAAAGGUCACGCUCAACUCGCUGGAGCUCAAGCCGAACAAGAAGAUGGACGCUGCGGCGCAGAAAAAGCCGCGCGGCAAGGGGCCGGGGGGUAAUGUGCCCGAUAUUACGGAGUUGGAGAGGAGGUUUGCGGCUUUGAAGAGAUGA